CAUCACAAAAUGAUGUCACUUCCGGUAUAGCCAAAACAUGAAACUUUGCCAUUGAAGCUGUGUCAUCCGUGUUGGAAUCGAACGGUGGAAAUUAUUAAUGACAGAGGGAGUGGGUUCAUUUUGAAAAUGUCGUACCACUCUGCACUCGAUCCUGAUGAACAGUUUGAUUAUUUGUUUAAGAUAGUGUUAAUUGGUGACGCAGGUGUGGGGAAAACCUGUGUCGUGCAGAGAUUCAAAUCGGGAACUUAUACAGAAAAACACGGCAGCACCAUAGGAGUUGACUUCACAAUGAAAACUUUGAACAUUGACGGCAAACUUGUGAAGCUACAGAUCUGGGACACGGCCGGUCAGGAACGGUUCCGAACGAUCACCCAGAGUUACUACAGAAGUGCUAAUGGCGUUAUCAUAGCCUAUGACAUCACAAAACGGUCUACCUUCGACAACAUUCCUCGCUGGCUUGAAGAUGUAAAGAGAUACGCAGGAACGUCCAUUGUUCAGUUGAUGAUAGGCAAUAAGAAAGAUCUGGAGAGUCUGCGAGAGGUCAGUUGUGAAGAGGCGAAGAACUACGCCCACAACUGUGGGAUGUUGGACUCCCUGGAAACCAGUGCCAAGGAGAACACCAACAUUGAUGAGGCCUUCAUGCAGAUGGCAAAGGAACUGAAGCGUCGGUACGGAGGCGAGUCAGGGCUGGAGGGCACGAGUGAGAAGAUCACUCUCAACUCAAGUCAGGUUGGCAUUGGAUUGCCUUGUUGUGGAAAGUCGUAGUUGAGGUCAAGGUCAAGGUCAUUGAUGAGUAAACAACCUUGUCAGAGAGGUCAUGAAGUUGAGCAAAACCUUAUCCCAGAGACAUCAAACUAUCAUCAUCAGCUCAGCGUGAGGAAAUAGUUUGUGUAUGGUGUUGAUUUGGGUCGUCUCGUGUCCUGCUGUGUGGGACGAAGAUUUUACUGUGAUUCUGUAAUGAAACCAUUGCGGUUUAGGCCAUGUGCUGUAAAUAGGUUUAUUUAUGAGGCUUAUCUGUAGUAUUUGAGCCAGUCAUGUGACAUACCAUAGUACACAUAUAAUAAUUUUAUUUGUCUCAAGUGAUUACGCUCCACUGUUCUCAAAGAAUGAUUUAAAUUUGUAGUUAUUACUCUCCCAAAGUCGCAAAAAAAGUUUUAUUAUUGUAUUGAUUACUCUCAAUUGUUUGCAAAUGUUUAUUAUUCUGUGAAUAUUAGUACAUACCGUAUUCGACGCAAUAAGCACCCAGGGGGCUCUUAUUAGAAUAUUAUUUCGGUGGAAAAAAAACAGAGUUGAAAGAUAAAGUUCGUGGUUUAUGGUGACAGCCUGAAAUGUUUAUGUACGACAGAUAUA